GUGUAAUUCAACAAACUUUGUUGAGGAAUAUGACAAGUUUAUGUGAUGUCGACGGUUUGUUUUUAGCUGGCUAAGCUAACCUGAGUGAGGAGAUGACUGCUCUACAGAGAUGACUGACUAUGCAGAUGUUUAAAGACAGUAAGAGGAAUCACAUCUGGAUCCGUACAAUGCACUGAACCAAAUGGGUCGCCGCUGCACCCGAGUCAUUUUCCUCCUGCUGCUCCAGGCGUUGUGGACAUUAGCUGAAGAUGGCUCCAUCGAGUGCCUGUGCAUGGGGAGCGACUGCAUGGCGCAGCAGUGCAAGGGCGAGCAGUGCUACUCCUCAGUGACGGUCAGCGGCGGCGUGCCGUCCUUCCGGCGCGGCUGCCUGAUCGGGCCCGAGAGCAGGCGCAUGACCUGCUCCGCGUCUGUCUCGGCCAAUCACGUGGUGGAAUGCUGCGCCCGGCCCAUGUGCAACGCCAACGCGUCGGUGGACGCUCUGCUCGGGAUGCUGCUCAAAGAUCCUACAGGAGAACCGGUGCGCUACCGCGUGGAGACACUGGUGAUGCUGGUCCUGGUGCCCUUCGCAGUGUUGGCCCUGCUGGCCCUGCUGUCCGUCUCCGUGUGCCGCCGGCUGCACCCGCGCCGCCUGGAACGACUGCACGAGUUCGACCCGGAGCAGGGCGCCAUCGACGGCCUCAUCACCUCCAACAUGGGAGACAGCACGCUGGCGGACCUGCUGGAUCACUCCUGUACCUCAGGCAGUGGUUCCGGUCUGCCCUUCCUGGUGCAGAGGACGGUGGCGCGCCAGAUCAGCCUGAUGGAAUGUGUCGGGAAGGGCCGAUACGGAGAGGUGUGGCGGGGACAGUGGCAAGGAGAGAACGUAGCUGUUAAAAUCUUCUCCUCGAGGGAUGAGAAGUCAUGGUUUCGGGAGACGGAAAUCUACAACACCGUUCUGUUACGGCAUGAGAAUAUUCUAGGGUUCAUGGCGUCAGACAUGACGUCGCGCAACUCGAGCACGCAGCUCUGGCUGAUCGCGCACUACCACGAGCACGGCUCGCUGUACGACUACCUGCAGCGCACCGCCGUCUCCGCCCCCGACGCCCUGAACGUGGCCGCCUCCGUGGCCAGCGGCCUGGUGCACCUCCACGCGGAGAUCCUGGGAACCGAGGGCAAGCCGGCCAUCGCCCACCGCGACCUCAAGAGCAAGAACAUCCUGGUGAAGAAGGACCUGCGCUGCUGCAUCGCCGAUCUCGGCCUGGCGGUCACUCACACUCAAGCCGACAACCAGCUGGACGUGGGUAACAACCCCAAAGUGGGCACCAAGCGCUACAUGGCGCCCGAAGUGCUAGACGAGACCAUUCAGACGGACUGCUUCGACGCCUAUAAGAGAGUGGACAUCUGGGCGUUUGGCCUCGUGCUGUGGGAGAUUGCAAGGCGCACCUAUAGCAACGGGAUCGUGGAGGAGUACAAGCCUCCGUUCUACGACCAGGUACCCAACGACCCGAGCUUCGAGGAAAUGCGCAAGGUGGUGUGUGUGGAGCAGCAGAGACCGUUUAUCCCCAACCGCUGGUUCUCCGAUCCCACGCUUUCGGCCAUGGUGAAGCUGAUGAAGGAGUGCUGGUACCAGAACCCGUCGGCCCGUCUCACAGCGCUGCGCAUCAAAAAGACUCUGGAUAAAAUCCACAGCUCGUUAGAAAACGGUAAACCGGACUGCUGAGCCUAAAAGAAAAACUGAUCCGGGAUCAGCUCCCCCUUCCUGUAAUCAUCACCAAACCUGUAACGGCACCAGGAGGUUCUGGUUGUUGGGGGGGAAAAUAAUCAUAAUUAUCGAUUCUUAGUUUAAAGCUCGUCAGGAGGCUGGUGUGAACCGUUUACGUUCGUGCUUUUUACUAUGUACGAUUGCCAAGCCAGCUCUUUAACAUCUAACCCAACCUGUUUGGCAGAUUAGGUUUCCUAAAUUGACUAGGGGUUUGAAUUUGGGGUUAGCUAAAGAGUUCCACCCUGACCAUGGACAUUUUGCAAGCGACCCUCAAGUGACAAUUCCUGGUAUCACCUUGACGAUCAUCGGGGAGCUGAACCCAGAUCGCUCUUAAGACAUUUGAGGUUAUUUUGCAGCCACCCAAGUGCGGACCUGCAAGGAGGUUUUACAAGCUGUUUGGUCGACUCCACUCCUUCCCAGAUUGGACGGAGAGCUGCGACACCGUUUGGUCCCUGUGCCUGCAUGACGAAGCCAUCGUAACACUAAACCUGUCGCUUACUCUUCAUUUCUCCUCAGUUCUGCCUCCUUUUUCUAGUUUCUAGUUUCUUAAAGUUGCCGUCAGCAGGUUUAGCUUAAGCUUUUUUUUUUAGCUUUUGUUAAACUACGGAUGCAAAAAUGCUUCCUCCAGCGGGACGCCCCGUAAGACCGGUAUGUGCGCUGAUGUUCGACAGAGCCUAGGAGCUUCCGGUUGCAUGCUGUCAUCAUGCGACGUCCAAAAAAAACGCCAGAACGUUACAAGACAUCACCGACCGUCAUUGUUCUCUUUUCCCGUACACUCACCCCUCACUUUUCCGCACUUAGAGAGAGUUUACACUGACGUCUCACUGGAUUUUUUCAAUUAGCAUAUUAAGCUAUUUAAAGUUGGAUUCGUUCUAUUAUUAGAUUUGAAGAAAGGUAAGACCUUCAGCCCACUAAACAGGUUCUUAAGUGACUGUAAAGCAUUAAUAUUAAUGUAAAAUAUGCAGAUGUUUGGGCACUACUGGAUAAUUCGCCGGUUGGGCUGGGCGCCUACAUGAACAACGAUUGGCUGUUGUUCGUACAGGGUCGGAGCCGGAUAGGGAUUCCUAGGGUUGAUGGCACCUGCACAGAAUCGAGAGAUAAUAAGGGUGUGCCGAUCCGCAUAUGAACUCGCUUCGUGCAGGUGAAAAGAUGCAGUCGGGUACUGCACACGCGUCGGAGGGGAGUGUGUCGGUCUCGCUCUCCUCAGUCAGCAUUAGUAGAGAGGAAGCGUAAUGAAAGUGGGUAAUUGGGUACGCUAAAAGUCGUGAGGAAAUGCAUAAAUCAUCAUUAGGACUAGAACAUGAAAUUUAACCCUUUAAACUUUGUGCUAGCACUCAAUAACCAUGUGCUAUUCCAAAAUACACAAUCGCACACCCAGUGCUUCCAGCUCACAGCUUACCUGCUGCCCCAAAAUAUCUAAGUACCCGUAAUAUAUAUAGGGGAGAUGAGAACUGCUCAUAAGCUGGACAGAAAUUAUAUGACAGUGAAGGAUCUGUGAUGAUGUAUUAGUGUCCAAAAAAGUCAGCGGCAUUUUAAAAACCAAGUACUGUGGACUGAUAAAGUAAAAAUGAAAUCACAGCACCUUCCAGCCAAGUGGUUAUUGAUCUGGCACAGUUUUUACGCCGGACGCCCUUCCUGACACGACCCUCCCUAUUCAUCCGGGCUUGGGACCGGCACUACAAUGCACUGGUGUCUAGGUACCUAUAGGACGAUUCAGUGUCUCCGAUUAGCCUGGCUGCAUGUUUCUGGUCUGUGGGAGGAAACCCACGCGGACACGGGGAGAACAUGCAAACUCCGCACAGAAAGGACCCGGACCGCCCCGCCUGGGGAUCGAACCCAGGACCUCCUUGCUGUGAGGCGACCGUGCCGCCCUGUAACUGGAAACAUGAAUUCCAUUUAAACAGGAUACGUUUGACCAGAGGUGCCCAAACUUUUGCAUAAACGCUCGUGUGAAAUACAGGGCGACGAAGCAGGACCAUCGGGACACGCCGCAUUGUGAACUGUGACUGUAAAAGAAUGUAAUAUAUUGUACUGAGAGGUAAUGAGGAAUAAAUAAUACGCAUCGUUGCUUUGUCGAUUCAGAGGAACUUUAGUGAAAUUGACAUGAAAUAAAAUUUGCACAUUUUUAUCCUUCUUGA